AUGUCAGCCGAUCACACGAGAGACCCCUGCCCAAUAGUGAUAUUGAACGAUUUCGGCGGCGCCUUCGCCAUGGGAGUAAUCGGAGGCUGCGUAUGGCACGGCAUAAAGGGAUUCAGGAACUCCCCCCAUGGCGAGCGAGGCUACGGGGCAAUCAGCGCCAUCAAGGCGCGUGCCCCCGUGGUCGGGGGCAACUUUGGUGUCUGGGGAGGCCUUUUUUCCACGUUUGAUUGUAGCGUUAAGGCGGUACGCAAGAGAGAAGAUGCAUGGAACGCGGUUAUUGCUGGGUUUUUCACGGGUGGCGCUUUGGCGAUUAGAGGCGGGUGGAAGCACACGAGAAACUCCGCGAUUACGUGUGCCUGUCUCUUGGGGGUGUUUGAAGGCGUGGGCAUGAUGAUGCAGAGACUACAGGCCCAGCCUGCGAUGGCGCCUGUUUACCCUGAAGAGCCGGCCAAGCUUGCUGCUUGA